AUCAAUUGUUUAUUAUCAAAUAAAUAGCAAUCAGUGGAAUAUUACAAAAAAAAGAUUAUGGCAGCAUAAUAAUACAUUACAUGUCAGUGUCAACUCCAAAUAUACUUUAUUGAUCUCAAUUAUAUGAUUUCUUUUGAAGAUUGUACAUAUAAUAUAAAUCCAUUCCAUGUGGUUGGAAAAGGCGACCGACCUUUCUCCAUGUGUCGCCAUCAUUAUAAUCACCCCUUUUAAUGUCCACGCACCCAUUCUUCGUACAUUUAAUCAAAUAUUUUCUUCGGUUAACAUAUCAAUUUUUUUUUUUUUAUAAAAAAGAUAUCAUCGACUCAUAAAAGACACCGGAUUUCUUUCCUUAAGGCCCGUAUUUAGAAACACACCCAUUUUCUAACCGUAAAAAAAAAGUAUUUUAUCCAUUAAUGUGCAAAAUCUUAUCACAUAAAUUAAUAUUUUUUAUAUAUAUGCACACACAUAUAUAUUCGACUUUCUUUGCCGUAUUUUACUCGAUUCAUCACACUCCCGUCCUUUCCCUUUAUGCUCAUAUCCAAACAGACCCUUUCACUUCUUCCUCUUCUCCUUCUCAGUUGUCUUUGUUCCUUGAACAUUAAGGAACAUCUCGUUACCUGUCUCUGGCUUUGCCUUUGUUCUGUCUUUCCGACACUGCCGACGGCGACGGUUCCGAUGUCUCCUCCGGCGUACUUUCCUCUCCGGUGGGAGAGCACCGGAGACCAGUGGUGGUACGCUUCUCCGAUCGACUACGCCGCCGCCAACGGCCACUACGACUUGGUCCGGGAGCUUCUCCGAAUCGACUCCAACAACCUCAUGAAGCUCACCUCCCUCCGUCGAAUCCGCCGCCUCGAGACCGUCUGGGACGAUGAAUCGCAGUUCCACGACGUCUCCGCUUGCAGGUCACGCAUCGCUAGGAAGCUCUUCUCCGCCUGCGACGUCGAUGCCAAAGCCAACACCCUAAUUAGGGCCGGGUACGGUGGCUGGCUCAUGUACACCGCCGCCUCCGCCGGCGAUCUUGGAUUCGUGCGAGAUCUGCUCGCUAGAAAUCCUCUGCUGGUCUUUGGAGAAGGAGAGUACGGCGUGACGGAUAUGCUCUACGCCGCCGCCAGGAGCAGAAACGACGACGUUUUCCGUCUGAUUUUCGAUUUCGCGGUUUCUCCGAGGUUCGUGGCUGCCGGAAAUGGAGGUCUGGAGCAGCAAAUUGGAGAGAUUCCGGCGGGUUAUAGAUGGGAGAUGAAGAACAGAGCGGCACAUGCUGCAUCGAGAGGAGGUAAUUUGACACUUCUGAAGGAGAUUCUGAGUGAGUGCAGUGUUGAAGAUGUGUUAAGUUUCAGAGACAAACAGGGCUCCACCAUUCUCCACGCCGCCGCCGGAAAAGGGAUGACCCACGUGGUGAAACAACUAGUGGCAUCGUUCGAUAUAAUCAACGUUGUGGACAACCAAGGCAACACGGCCUUGCACGUGGCUGCGUACCGUGGCCACGCUGCCGUGGUCGAGGCCCUGAUCGCCAAUACGACGUCUUUGAUCACAGCAAGAAACAAUGGCGGUGACACUUUCCUCCACGCCGGAAUCUCUGGCUUUCAGACGCCAGCUUUCGAGAGGCUCGACCGGCACAGGGAGCUCAUGAACCGCCUUAUCACCUCUGUCUCCAAAUCAUUAGGCCACGUCGAGGAUAUCGUGAAUUCUCAGAACAACGAAGGCAGAACCGCCCUUCACUUGGCGAUCUCCGGCAAUGUCCCGCUUGAGUUCGUGGAGAUGCUGAUGUCGGUGAAGUCCAUUGAUGUUAACAUCCGAGACACGGCUGGUAUGACGCCUCUCGAUCUGCUCAGACAGAAGCCGCACUCUCCAUCUUCUGAUCUUUUGAUCAGACGGCUGGUGUCGGCCGGCGGGAUCUUCAGCUCCCGAGAUCAUAACACGAGAAGGGUCAUCGCCUCUCAUCUCAAGGAUCAAGGAAGCAUUUACAGCCCUGGAACUCGUUUCAGAACGCCCGACACCGAGAUUUUCCUCUUCUCCGGUCUUGAAGCUGUUCCCGACAUAACUGUUGUCCCUGAUAACGUCAAAACCAGUUCGUGCUCGAUUGACAUGAGUCAGCUGAACGUGACAGAUGAGAAUCACGUCAAGAAACCCAGAAACUCAUCCGUUAAUUCCGCAGCUGAGAGAUUGAAGAGUGUUUUCCACUGGCCGCGAACGAGAAAGCCUGGAAAUCUGAAGGACGGAAGCGAUAUUGCUGGGAAAGAAUCAUCGUUUCUUGGACAGCAAGAAACCCAUGUUCCUCUGAGACAGAGAUUCUCAAAACCGUCUCCAGCUGUGCCCAAUGUCAACAACAAUAAGAGGGCAUUGUCCGUGAGAAGCAACCAGUCGAGCCCGAGGGCUAAGAAGAAGGUGAGGUCUCGUUCAAGUUCUUUCUCGAGACUGUCGAUCCAUUCUUCUUCGUGUUCGUCGACUUCGAGCUUUGUGGAUCUCAAACAGAAGGGAGUGUUGAUCGACCCUGGGCCGUCCAGCUCGAACCAUAUGAUGGAACAACAACGGGCGAAAGGUAAUUUGACGGAGAAACAAGGUUCAAUCAGGAGAAGACUAAAGGGCAACUACUUCUGCUUUGGUGCUUCUGGUUUGUCUGUGAAGACGCCGAGUACUCGAACCAGAGAGAAUCCAUCGGUUAUCUCAGUGAACUAACUGGUACAACGUUAAUAACCAUUCCAAACCAAACCGGGGAGGGAGAGAAUUCAGUGCAAAAUCCUCGCCAAGAUUGUUACCUAUUAUGUUUCCUUCUACCUUUAAACUACGUGUCGCUUAGUUCUUAGCCCCCAAACCUCCUUGUCGUUUCAGUGAUUGAUGUAACAUAAAUAAUUUUUGUGCUCUUAUAAAUCGCCCCCUACUUUCGUUGUUC